AGGCCAUAGGGCCCGAAUAUUCCUAUCGAUUAUCCGGGUGAGGCGCGCGCACCAGCGCGGCAACGUGCUGCACCUGUGGACGCCGAGGACACCCCACGAGGGCUUCGCUUAGAGCCGGGACCGUGGCUCCGGGACUAGAGGCGCGAGCCUCGAACUUCGACUGGGACUACUGAGCGGUGCGGACCGACCGGACGCUUGCAACAUGAAGCUGGAUUUCAUGGAUAGGGAGAAGGGCUUGGAAUUGUUGGGAAAGUUCAUACGUACAAAGAAUGUUGAAAAUCUUCAAGGCGAACAUACAAGAGCUGGCUCAGAACAGAUUUAUUCGACCGGCUCAAAACAGAAACUACAGAAGUGCCUGACGACUCUGGACCUGACGUCCCUUGGUGUGGGAUCAUGCGUUGGGACAGGGAUGUACCUUGUCGCAGGGAUGGUGGCGCGGAGCGUCGCAGGGCCCGGCGUCGUCAUCUCCUUCAUAAUAGCAGCGGUUGCAUCCAUUCUUUCCGGGGCGUGUUACGCCGAAUUUGGAGUACGAGUGCCUCACACGUCGGGCAGCGCAUACAUGUACAGUUACGUGACGGUAGGCGAAUUAAUAGCAUUUAUAAUUGGAUGGAAUAUGGUGCUGGAGUACCUCAUAGGUACGAGUGCGUGUGCCUGUGCUCUUAGCGCCUGCCUCGACGCCCUGGCGAACGGAGCCGUUUCCGGGGCCAUUGGUGAUACGUUCGGCACCAUUUUUGGUCGGCCGCCCGACUUCCUUGCGUUCGUUAUCACGCUACUAAUGAUGCUGCUAAUGGCGGCGGGAGUCAAGAAGUCUCUGGUGUUCAACAAUGUAUUAAAUGUGCUCAACCUCGCCGUGUGGGUCUUUAUUAUGGCCGCGGGAAUGUUCUACGUCGAUUCAACAAAUUGGACCGAGCACAAAGGCUUCCUACCCUUUGGCUGGAGUGGAGUAUUUACCGGUGCAGCCACGUGCUUCUACGCGUUCAUAGGAUUUGACAUAAUCGCUACGACGGGGGAGGAGGCAACGAAUCCCAAGAGAAGUAUUCCUUUAGCAAUAGUCUCUUCGCUGAUUAUCAUUCUUAUCGCAUACGUCACCAGUAGUAUGGUUUUGACACUGAUUGUUCCAUACGAAGAGGUUGAUCAAGACUCAGCGUUGGUGGAAAUGUUCGGUCAAGUGGGUGCUUACAAAUGCAAGUACAUAGUUGCUGUGGGAGCUCUGGCCGGAUUAACAGUCUCUAUGUUUGGCAGUAUGUUUCCAAUGCCGAGAAUAGUGUACGCAAUGGCUCAAGAUGGAUUAAUCUUCCGGUCCUUGAGCCAGAUAUGGCCAUUAACAGGUACUCCAGCUUUGGCUACGCUUACGUCGGGACUAUGUGCGGCUUUCGUAGCUCUUUUGAUCCAGCUUGAAGUACUCGUGGAGAUGAUGUCCAUUGGAACGCUGUUGGCCUACACUCUCGUAUCGACCUGUGUGCUGAUUCUGCGAUACCAGCCGCACACGACAAACCUUGUUGAGCUGCUGCCUCAGAGUCUGCGCACACCCUGCCGCUCGCCGACGAAGGAUCCCCAGGGUAACGGGCAAGUCUCCUACAGCAAAGAGCUGCGCCCCGAGCAGCUAACGGCGGCCCUUCAUACUUCCCAGACCCACGGCGGGCAAUCGGAGCUGGGGGUGACUGCCGGUGGACAGCGGAUCAUGGUUCGAAGGGUACGAAGAGCAAACAGUUCGUCGCCGGAGUCUGAUGACACGUACGGCGGAGAGGAGGACGAUCUUGGUCUUGGCAAGGACGAUCAGUACCUGGUCUGCGAUAGAACAGAAAAUAAGUUUUAUGGCAGUGUGCAUGGGGCGACUGCGGGCUCGAGUACCGGAAGCGCUCAUCAUUAUCCAGGAAGUACGCCUAUCAUCGGGCCGCCUCUGAAUUAUCUCCAGCGUAGGCUUCAGGCGGCUCAGUAUUUGUGCCCAGCAAUAUUUCCAUGGGUCGAUAGAGGACCAGCAACCGAAGCGUCCGGUCGGUACGUUAUGAAGCUCGUCGGGAUUAUGUACCUUCUCAUUCUCAUAUUCGACUGGAUCAUUGUUUGCGCAAUGGGUAAUAUGGGGAGCUUUACAACGUUUCUACUCUUCGUCUUCCUCUUUGCUAUUAUUGGUAUUCUUCUUGCAAUUAGUAGAAAGCCGCAAAACAGGAAUCCCAUGAUGUUCAUGACUCCUGGACUGCCAUUUGUUCCAGCUAUUGCUGUCACUGUUAAUAUUUAUCUUAUAUUCAAGCUUAGUAUACUCACAUUAGUCAGAUUUACAGUAUGGAUGACUCUGGGUUUCCUCAUGUACUUUUACUACGGCAUAAAAAACAGCAGCCUGAAGGAGAGCAACGAGGAUAGCGGCAUGGAAUCGAGCGGGGCAGGUAAUAUUGAACUGACGGUGACGCAGCCAACGAAACCAUCAAUGCAGGCGAAAUCGCCGCAGCCGCCUUGCUCGACUUCGUACAUAACGACUCCGGAUCGCAGCAUCUACGAGGGCCAGCAGCUGGACAGCUUCGAUAUGCCGGUUUUCGGUAGCACGAGCUUCGGCGGUAUAUCAACCCAAAAAUCGAGCGAAAAAACCCUCUUCGUCAGCCAGGACAGCUUCCCCACCUGGGAUGACUGAAUUCCUGGUGGUCGGUGAUUGGUGGUAUUUAAUCCUUACUCGAAUAUACUCACUUAUUUCCUUGCUUCCUUGCUUUCGUGGCUACGUCGAAAGAACACUCGUUGCUCCCCUUUCCGCUCUAUUAUUCGAUAAACAUUCUCUCACGGUUAUUCAUAGGUGAUUGGAAGUUUUAUUGGAAAUCGCGAUCUACAGGAAAGUGUCUUUAGAUUCGCACUGCUUGCACAUUGAAAUAUACGCCACGGCAAUUAUAAGUUACAACCAAGUGGUUAUGUGCAUUGAUUAAU